GUGCUCACCACUCUCUUUGCCAUCCCAUGUGCUCACCACUCUCUUUGCCAUCCCAUGUGCUCACCACUCUCUCUACCAUCUCAUGUGCUCACCACUCUCUCUACCAUCUCAUGUGCUCACCACUCUCUCUACCAUCUCAUGUGCUCACCACUCUCUCUGCCAUCCCAUGUGCUCACCACUCUCUCUGCCAUCUCAUGUGCUCACCACUCCCUCUGCCAUCUCAAGUGCUCACCACUCUCUUUGCCAUCUCAUGUGCUCACCAAUCUCUCUGCCAUCCCAUGUGCUCACCACUCUCUCUGCCAUCUCAUGUGCUCACCACUCUCUCUGCCAUCUCAUGUGCUCACCACUCUCUUUGCGAUCCCAUGUGCUCACCACUCUCUCUACCAUCUCAUGUGCUCACCACUCUCUCUACCAUCUCAUGUGCUCACCACUCUCUCUGCCAUCCCAGGUGCUCACCACUCUCUCUGCCAUCUCAUUUGCUCACCACUCUCUCUGCCAUCCCAUGUGCUCACCACUCUCUCUACCAUCUCAUGUGCUCACCACUCUCUCUGCCAUCCCAUGUGCUCACCACUCUCUUUGCCAUCCCAUGUGCUCACCACUCUCUUUGCCAUCCCAUGUGCUCACCACUCUCUUUGCGAUCUCAUGUGCUCACCACUCUCUCUGCCAUCCCAUGUGCUCACCACUCUCUCUGCCAUCUCAUGUGCUCACCACUCCCUCUACCAUCUCAAUUGCUCACCACUCUCUUUGCCAUCUCAUGUGCUCACCACUCUCUCUGCCAUCCCAUGUGCUCACCACUCUCUCUGCCAUCUCAUGUGCUCACCACUCUCUCUGCCAUCUCAUGUGCUCACCACUCUCUCUGCCAUCUCAUGUGCUCACCACUCUCUUUGCCAUCCCAUGUGCUCACCACUCUCUCUACCAUCUCAUGUGCUCACCACUCUCUCUACCAUCUCAUGUGCUCACCACUGUCUCUGCCAUCUCAUGUGCUCACCACUCUCUCUACCAUCUCAUGUGCUCACCACUCUCUCUACCAUCUCAUGUGCUCACCACUCUCUCUGCCAUCCCACGUGCUCACCACUCUCUCUGCCAUCUCAUUUGCUCACCACUCUCUCUGCCAUCCCAUGUGCUCACCACUCUCUCUACCAUCUCAUGUGCUCACCACUCUCUCUGCCAUCCCAUGUGCUCACCACUCUCUUUGCCAUCCCAUGUGCUCACCACUCUCUUUGCCAUCCCAUGUGCUCACCACUCUCUCUACCAUCUCAUGUGCUCACCACUCUCUCUACCAUCUCAUGUGCUCACCACUCUCUCUACCAUCUCAUGUGCUCACCACUCUCUCUGCCAUCCCAUGUGCUCACCACUUUCUCUGCCAUCUCAUGUGCUCACCACCCCCUCUACCAUCUCAAGUGCUCACCACUCUCUUUGCCAUCUCAUGUGCUCACAACUCUCUCUGCCAUCCCAUGUGCUCACCACUCUCUCUGCCAUCUCAUGUGCUCACCACUCUCUCUGCCAUCUCAUGUGCUCACCAAUCUCUCUGCCAUCUCAUGUGCUCACCACUCUCUUUGCCAUCCCAUGUGCUCACGCUUCUCUCUACCAUCUCAUGUGCUCACCACUCUCUCUACCAUCUCAUGUGCUCACCACUCCCUCUGCCAUCUCAUGAGCUCACCACUCUCUCUACCAUCUCAUGUGCUCACCACUCUCUCUACCAUCUCAUGUGCUCACCACUCUCUCUGCCAUCUCAUUUGCUCACCACUCUCUCUGCCAUCCCAUGUGCUCACCACUCUCUCUACCAUCUCAUGUGCUCACGACUCUCUCUGCCAUCCCAUGUGCUCACCACUCUCUUUGCCAUCCCAUGUGCUCACCACUCUCUUUGCCAUCCCAUGUGCUCACCACUCUCUUUGCGAUCUCAUGUGCUCACCACUCUCUCUGCCAUCCCAUGUGCUCACCACUCUCUCUGCCAUCUCAUGUGCUCACCACUCCCUCUACCAUCUCAAGUGCUCACCACUCUCUUUGCCAUCUCAUGUGCUCACCACUCUCUCUGCCAUCCCAUGUGCUCACCACUCUCUCUGCCAUCUCAUGUGCUCACCACUCUCUCUGCCAUCUCAUGUGCUCACCACUCUCUCUGCCAUCUCAUGUGCUCACCACUCUCUUUGCCAUCCCAUGUGCUCACCACUCUCUCUACCAUCUCAUGUGCUCCCCACUCUCUCUACCAUCUCAUGUGCUCACCACUCCCUCUGCCAUCUCAUGUGCUCACCACUCUCUCUACCAUCUCAUGUGCUCACCACUCUCUCUACCAUCUCAUGUGCUCACCACUCUCUCUGCCAUCCCACGUGCUCACCACUCUCUCUGCCAUCUCAUUUGCUCACCACUCUCUCUGCCAUCCCAUGUGCUCACCACUCUCUCUACCAUCUCAUGUGCUCACCACUCUCUCUGCCAUCCCAUGUGCUCACCACUCUCUUUGCCAUCCCAUGUGCUCACCACUCUCUUUGCCAUCCCAUGUGCUCACCACUCUCUCUACCAUCUCAUGUGCUCACCACUCUCUCUACCAUCUCAUGUGCUCACCACUCUCUCUACCAUCUCAUGUGCUCACCACUCUCUCUGCCAUCCCAUGUGCUCACCACUCUCUUUGCCAUCCCAUGUGCUCACCACUCUCUUUGCCAUCCCAUGUGCUCACCACUCUCUCUACCAUCUCAUGUGCUCACCACUCUCUCUACCAUCUCAUGUGCUCACCACUCUCUCUACCAUCUCAUGUGCUCACCACUUUCUCUGCCAUCUCAUGUGCUCACCACCCCCUCUACCAUCUCAAGUGCUCACCACUCUCUUUGCCAUCUCAUGUGCUCACCACUCUCUCUGCCAUCCCAUGUGCUCACCACUCUCUCUGCCAUCUCAUGUGCUCACCACUCUCUCUGCCAUCUCAUGUGCUCACCACUCUCUCUGCCAUCUCAUGUGCUCACCACUCUCUUUGCCAUCCCAUGUGCUCACCACUCUCUCUACCAUCUCAUGUGCUCACCACUCUCUCUACCAUCUCAUGUGCUCACCACUCCCUCUGCCAUCUCAUGUGCUCACCACUCUCUCUACCAUCUCAUGUGCUCACCACUCUCUCUACCAUCUCAUGUGCUCACCACUCCCUCUGCCAUCUCAUGUGCUCACCACUCUCUCUACCAUCUCAUGUGCUCACCACUCUCUCUACCAUCUCAUGUGCUCACCACUCUCUCUGCCAUCCCAGGUGCUCACCACUCUCUCUGCCAUCUCAUUUGCUCACCACUCUCUCUGCCAUCCCAUGUGCUCACCACUCUCUCUACCAUCUCAUGUGCUCACGACUCUCUCUGCCAUCCCAUGUGCUCACCACUCUCUUUGCCAUCCCAUGUGCUCACCACUCUCUUUGCCAUCCCAUGUGCUCACCACUCUCUCUACCAUCUGAUGUGCUCACCACUCUCUCUGCCAUCCCAUGUGCUCACCACUCUCUCUGCCAUCUCAUGUGCUCACCACUCCCUCUACCAUCUCAAGUGCUCACCACUCUCUUUGCCAUCUCAUGUGCUCACCACUCUCUCUGCCAUCCCAUGUGCUCACCACUCUCUCUGCCAUCUCAUGUGCUCACCACUCUCUCUGCCAUCUCAUGUGCUCACCACUCUCUCUGCCAUCUCAUGUGCUCACCACUCUCUUUGCCAUCCCAUGUGCUCACCACUCUCUCUACCAUCUCAUGUGCUCACCACUCUCUCUACCAUCUCAUGUGCUCACCACUCCCUCUGCCAUCUCAUGUGCUCACCACUCUCUCUACCAUCUCAUGUGCUCACCACUCUCUCUACCAUCUCAUGUGCUCACCACUCCCUCUGCCAUCUCAUGUGCUCACCACUCUCUCUACCAUCUCAUGUGCUCACCACUCUCUCUACCAUCUCAUGUGCUCACCACUCUCUCUGCCAUCCCAGGUGCUCACCACUCUCUCUGCCAUCUCAUUUGCUCACCACUCUCUCUGCCAUCCCAUGUGCUCACCACUCUCUCUACCAUCUCAUGUGCUCACGACUCUCUCUGCCAUCCCAUGUGCUCACCACUCUCUUUGCCAUCCCAUGUGCUCACCACUCUCUUUGCCAUCCCAUGUGCUCACCACUCUCUCUACCAUCUGAUGUGCUCACCACUCUCUCUGCCAUCCCAUGUGCUCACCACUCUCUCUGCCAUCUCAUGUGCUCACCACUCCCUCUACCAUCUCAAGUGCUCACCACUCUCUUUGCCAUCUCAUGUGCUCACCACUCUCUCUGCCAUCCCAUGUGCUCACUACUCUCUCUGCCAUCUCAUGUGCUCACCACUCUCUCUGCCAUCUCAUGUGCUCACCACUCUCUCUGCCUUCUCAUGUGCUCACCACUCUCUUUGCCAUCCCAUGUGCUCACCACUCUCUCUACCAUCUCAUGUGCUCCCCACUCUCUCUACCAUCUCAUGUGCUCACCACUCCCUCUGCCAUCUCAUGUGCUCACCACUCUCUCUACCAUCUCAUGUGCUCACCACUCUCUCUACCAUCUCAUGUGCUCACCACUCUCUCUGCCAUCCCACGUGCUCACCACUCUCUCUGCCAUCUCAUUUGCUCACCACUCUCUCUGCCAUCCCAUGUGCUCACCACUCUCUCUACCAUCUCAUGUGCUCACCACUCUCUCUGCCAUCCCAUGUGCUCACCACUCUCUUUGCCAUCCCAUGUGCUCACCACUCUCUUUGCCAUCCCAUGUGCUCACCACUCUCUCUACCAUCUCAUGUGCUCACCACUCUCUCUACCAUCUCAUGUGCUCACCACUCUCUCUACCAUCUCAUGUGCUCACCACUCUCUCUGCCAUCCCAUGUGCUCACCACUCUCUUUGCCAUCCCAUGUGCUCACCACUCUCUUUGCCAUCCCAUGUGCUCACCACUCUCUCUACCAUCUCAUGUGCUCACCACUCUCUCUACCAUCUCAUGUGCUCACCACUCCCUCUGCCAUCUCAUGUGCUCACCACUCUCUCUACCAUCUCAUGUGCUCACCACUCUCUCUACCAUCUCAUGUGCUCACCACUCCCUCUGCCAUCUCAUGUGCUCACCACUCUCUCUACCAUCUCAUGUGCUCACCACUCUCUCUACCAUCUCAUGUGCUCACCACUCUCUCUGCCAUCCCAGGUGCUCACCACUCUCUCUGCCAUCUCAUUUGCUCACCACUCUCUCUGCCAUCCCAUGUGCUCACCACUCUCUCUACCAUCUCAUGUGCUCACGACUCUCUCUGCCAUCCCAUGUGCUCACCACUCUCUUUGCCAUCCCAUGUGCUCACCACUCUCUUUGCCAUCCCAUGUGCUCACCACUCUCUCUACCAUCUCAUGUGCUCACCACUCUCUCUACCAUCUCAUGUGCUCACCACUCUCUCUACCAUCUCAUGUGCUCACCACUCUCUCUGCCAUCCCAUGUGCUCACCACUCUCUCUGCCAUCUCAUGUGCUCACCACUCCCUCUACCAUCUCAAGUGCUCACCACUCUCUUUGCCAUCUCAUGUGCUCACCACCCUCUCUGCCAUCCCAUGUGCUCACCACUCUCUCUGCCAUCUCAUGUGCUCACCACUCUCUCUGCCAUUUCAUGUGCUCACCACUCUCUCUGCCAUCUCAUGUGCUCACCACUCUCUUUGCCAUCCCAUGUGCUCACCACUCUCUCUACCAUCUCAUGUGCUCACCACUCUCUCUACCAUCUCAUGUACUCACCACUCCCUCUGCCAUCUCAUGUGCUCACCACUCUCUCUACCAUCUCAUGUGCUCACCACUCUCUCUACCAUCUCAUGUGCUCACCACUCUCUCUGCCAUCCCACGUGCUCACCACUCUCUCUGCCAUCUCAUUUGCUCACCACUCUCUCUGCCAUCCCAUGUGCUCACCACUCUCUCUACCAUCUCAUGUGCUCACCACUCUCUCUGCCAUCCCAUGUGCUCACCACUCUCUUUGCCAUCCCAUGUGCUCACCACUCUCUUUGCCAUCCCAUGUGCUCACCACUCUCUCUACCAUCUCAUGUGCUCACCACUCUCUCUACCAUCUCAUGUGCUCACCACUCUCUCUACCAUCUCAUGUGCUCACCACUCUCUCUGCCAUCCCAUGUGCUCACCACUCUCUCUGCCAUCUCAUGUGCUCACCACUCCCUCUACCAUCUCAAGUGCUCACCACUCUCUUUGCCAUCUCAUGUGCUCACCACUCUCUCUGCCAUCCCAUGUGCUCACCACUCUCUCUGCCAUCUCAUGUGCUCACCACUCUCUCUGCCAUUUCAUGUGCUCACCACUCUCUCUGCCAUCUCAUGUGCUCACCACUCUCUUUGCCAUCCCAUGUGCUCACCACUCUCUCUACCAUCUCAUGUGCUCACCACUCUCUCUACCAUCUCAUGUACUCACCACUCCCUCUGCCAUCUCAUGUGCUCACCACUCUCUCUACCAUCUCAUGUGCUCACCACUCUCUCUACCAUCUCAUGUGCUCACCACUCUCUCUGCCAUCCCAGGUGCUCACCACUCUCUCUGCCAUCUCAUUUGCUCACCACUCUCUCUGCCAUCCCAUGUGCUCACCACUCUCUCUACCAUCUCAUGUGCUCACCACUCUCUCUGCCAUCCCAUGUGCUCACCACUCUCUUUGCCAUCCCAUGUGCUCACCACUCUCUUUGCCAUCCCAUGUGCUCACCACUCUCUCUACCAUCUCAUUAGCUCACCACUCUAUCUACCAUCUCAUGUGCUCACCACUCUCUCUGCCAUCCCAUGUGCUCACCACUCUCUCUGCCAUCUCAUGUGCUCACCACUCCCUCUGCCAUCUCAAGUGCUCACCACUCUCUUUGCCAUCUCAUGUGCUCACCACUCUCUCUGCCAUCCCAUGUGCUCACCACUCUCUCUGCCAUCUCAUGUGCUCACCACUCUCUCUGCCAUCUCAUAUGCUCACCACUCUCUUUGCCAUCCCAUGUGCUCACCACUCUCUCUACCAUCUCAUGUGCUCACCACUCUCUCUACCAUCUCAUGUGCUCACCACUCUCUCUGCCAUCCCAGGUGCUCACCACUCUCUCUGCCAUCUCAUUUGCUCACCACUCUCUCUGCCAUCCCAUGUGCUCACCACUCUCUCUACUAUCUCAUGUGCUCACCACUCUCUCUGCCAUCCCAUGUGCUCACCACUCUCUUUGCCAUCCCAUGUGCUCACCACUCUCUUUGCGAUCUCAUGUGCUCAACACUCUCUCUGCCAUCCCAUGUGCUCACCACUCUCUCUGCCAUCUCAUGUGCUCACCACUCCCUCUGCCAUCUCAUGUGCUCACCACUCCCUCUACCAUCUCAAGUGCUCACCACUCUCUUUGCCAUCUCAUGUGCUCACCACUCUCUCUGCCAUCCCAUGUGCUCACCACUCUCUUUGCCAUCCCAUGUGCUCACCACUCUCUUUGCCAUCCCAUGUGCUCACCACUCUCUUUGCGAUCUCAUGUGCUCACCACUCUCUCUGCCAUCCCAUGUGCUCACCACUCUCUUUGCCAUCUCAUGUGCUCACCACUCCCUCUGCCAUCUCAUGUGCUCGACACUCUCUUUGCCAUCUCAUGUGCUCACCACUCUCUCUGCCAUCUCAUGUGCUCACCACUCUCUCUGCCAUCUCAUGUGCUCACCACUCUCUUUGCCAUCCCAUGUGCUCACCACUCUCUCUACCAUCUCAUGUGCUCACCACUCUCUCUACCAUCUCAUGUGCUCACCACUCUCUCUGCCAUCCCAGGUGCUCACCACUCUCUCUGCCAUCUCAUUUGCUCACCACUCUCUCUGCCAUCCCAUGUGCUCACCACUCUCUCUACUAUCUCAUGUGCUCACCACUCUCUCUGCCAUCCCAUGUGCUCACCACUCUCUUUGCCAUCCCAUGUGCUCACCACUCUCUUUGCGAUCUCAUGUGCUCACCACUCUCUCUGCCAUCCCAUGUGCUCACCACUCUCUCUGCCAUCUCAUGUGCUCACCACUCCCUCUGCCAUCUCAUGUGCUCACCACUCCCUCUACCAUCUCAAGUGCUCACCACUCUCUUUGCCAUCUCAUGUGCUCACCACUCUCUCUGCCAUCCCAUGUGCUCACCACUCUCUUUGCCAUCCCAUGUGCUCACCACUCUCUUUGCCAUCCCAUGUGCUCACCACUCUCUUUGCGAUCUCAUGUGCUCACCACUCUCUCUGCCAUCCCAUGUGCUCACCACUCUCUUUGCCAUCUCAUGUGCUCACCACUCCCUCUGCCAUCUCAUGUGCUCACCACUCUCUUUGCCAUCUCAUAUGCUCACCACUCUCUCUGCCAUCCCAUGUGCUCACCACUCUCUUUGCCAUCCCAUGUGCUCACCACUCUCACUACCAUCCCAUGUGCUCACCACUCUCUCUACCAUCUCAUGUGCUCACCACUCUCUCUGCCAUCUCAUGUGCUCACCACUCUCUUUGCCAUCCCAUGUGCUCACCACUCUCUCUGCCAUCUCAUGUGCUCACCACUCUCUCUACCAUCUCAUGUGCUCACCACUCCCUCUGCCAUCUCAUGUGCUCACCACUCUCUUUGCCAUCUCAUGUGCUCACCACUCUCUCUGCCAUCUCAUGUGCUCACCACUCUCUUUGCCGUCUCAUGUGCUCACCACUCUCUCUGCCAUCUCAUGUGCUCACCACCCUCUCUGCCUUAUCAUGCCUACCCUCGUCCUUGUGGCUUUUUAUCCCUCUCAUGCCAUCCUAAACCUGAUUCUUCCACCCCAUGCCAUCAUCAUCCUCUCCACCCUCGGAUGCCUUUCUCAACAUCCCUGCCCUGCCAUGCCAUCAUCAACAUCCCUGCCCUCACAUGCCAUCAUCAACAUCUUUGCCAUCCCAUGCCAUCAUCAACAUCCCUGCCCUACCAUGUCAUCAUCAACAUCUCUGCCCUCCCAUGCCAUCGACAUAUCUGCACUCCCAUGCCAUCAUCAACAUCUUUGCCAUCCCAUGCCAUCAUCAAAAUCCCUGCCCGCUCAUGCCAUCAUCGCCAUCUCUGCCCUUCCACGCCUCCAUCAAUCUCCAUGCCAUCCCAUGCCAUCAUCAUCCUCUCCACCCUCUGAUGCCUUUCUCAACAUCCCUGCCCUACCAUGCCAUCAUCAAUAUCCCUGCCCUCCCAUGCCAUCAUCAUAUCUGCCCUCCCAUGCCAUCAUCAACAUCCCUGCCCUCCCAUGCCAUCAUCAACAUCCCUGCCCUCCCAUGCCAUCAUCAACAUAUCUGCCCUCCCAUGCCAUCAUCAACAUCCCUGCCCUCCCAUGCCAUCAUCAACAUAUCUGCCCUCCCAUGCCAUCAUCAACAUCCCUGCCCUCCCAUGCCAUCAUCAACAUAUCUGCCCUCCCAUACUAUCAUCAACAUCCCUGCCCACCCAUGCCAUCAUCAACAUCUUUGCCAUCCCAUGCCAUCAUCAACAUCCCUGCCCUACAAUGCCAUCAUCCACAUCCUUGCCCUACCAUGCCAUCAUCAACAUCCAUGCCCUCCCAUGCCAUCAUCAACAUAUCUGCCCUCCCAUGCCAUCAUCAACAUCCCUGCCCUCCCAUGCCAUCAUCAACAUAUCUGCCCUCCCAUGCCAUCAUCAACAUCCCUGCCCUCCCAUGCCAUCAUCAACAUAUCUGCCCUCCCAUGCCAUCAUCAACAUCCCUGCCCUCCCAUGCCAUCAUCAACAUAUCUGCCCUCCCAUGCCAUCAUCAACAUCCCUGCCCUCCCAUGCCAUCAUCAACAUAUCUGCCCUCCCAUGCCAUCAUCAACAUCCCUGCCCUCCCAUGCCAUCAUCAACAUAUCUGCCCUCCCAUACCAUCAUCAACAUCCCUGCCCACCCAUGCCAUCAUCAACAUCUUUGCCAUCCCAUGCCAUCAUCAACAUCCCUGCCCUACCAUGCCAUCAUCCACAUCCUUGCCCUACCAUGCCAUCAUCAACAUCCAUGCCCUCCCAUGCCAUCAUCAACAUAUCUGCCCUCCCAUGCCAUCAUCAACAUCCCUGCCCUCCCAUGCCAUCAUCGACAUAUCUGCCCUCCCAUGCCAUCAUCAACAUCUUUGCCAUCCCAUGCCAUCAUCAAAAUCCCUGCCCGCUCAUGCCAUCAUCGCCAUCUCUGCCCUUCCACGCCUCCAUCAAUCUCCAUGCCAUCCCAUGCCAUCAUCAUCCUCUCCACCCUCUGAUGCCUUUCUCAACAUCACUGCCAUCCCAUGCCUUCACCCACACUUCUUGCCCCUAUUGAGUUCAUUCCAUUCGCAUUCCACAGCGGUAAUUUCCCUCCCCUUCUAA